GGUACCGUGCUACAUGUGUUCGAUCUAUUUAAGCCCAAGAACCGGACCACUGACGUGGACAAACAAGCGGCCCCAAAAGUAGCCAAAGAGGUGCAGCAAGUGCAGCAGAAUGUCAAGCAAGCGACCGAUGCGGAGAAGAAAAAGGACGCCCAAGCGGAUAAGCGAGAGGACAAAGUGGAGAUACCAGAGACCAAGCAGAAGGCUUCAAAGCCAAAGAAGGCUGCUGAGAAGGAGGAUGCUAAGUCUGUAUUCGGCAAUGUCAUGUCCUUCGGUUCUAAGGCCGUUAACUCCGGUGUCGGUGCUGCGACCAAAGGUGUGGGCGUCGCCACAGGUGCAGUGACAUCUGGUUACGAUGUUGCGUCUAAAGCAGUAGGUACGGGAGUAAAUGCUGUAGGUACGGGAGUAAAAUCUGUAGGCGGCGACACAGUGAGCAUAGCAACGGAGAUGGGCCAGAAGUCAAUGGAUUUGGCUGCGAGUUCGACCCUGGAGGUGGUUCACCAGGCCAUAAUCGCCGGCAAUACCAUCACGUUGGGGUCCACUGACUUUGCUCUGAAGCAGGCGAUAGCACCACAGUUGCUGCCUUUCAUUGAUCCGUUUAAGUUUGAGCUUGAAGAUCUGGGCGACCGAAUCAAACUCUUCGAAGCCAAAGCGACGGAGAAGGUCACCUCCAAGGUGGACUACGUUCAACUUGAACAAUUGACAAUUGGCUCUGUUGAGGCUCGGCACGUUAAAACGAGUUACGUAAACGACAACGGCAUCACCCGCAUGGAACCCGUCACCAUCCACGGUGACCGUAUCAUCGCUCACAUCACACUGCAAUGGUACGAACAAGCAGCGCUGCAGCUUCUAACCUUCAGCAACACAUGGGAAGUGUAUCUAUUAGACACCUUUGUCUUACCUCAUAUCUUCUCGGAAUGGAACCUGAUAAGCCUGCCUGGGAGUGAGGGAGGUUUGCAUAUUACUGGGGCGUUGGUGUGUGAGGAACGGACGCAGAAGGUGGCGGCGGGUAGUCAGUUGGUGAUUAAGGAGAUAUAUGUUUCAGACGCUAAGGUGGUCGUUGAGAAGGAUGAGAGUACAGGACAGUACGCGUUUGUGCUGCAGUGUGUACGCGUUGAUGUGAAUCCUAUGGGCGAUACGAGGACUCGACUACUUCAGGAAAUUGCGAAACGAGGCCCACCUACGGCAUCGCCAGGAGUGUUAAGUAGGUUCAUGUCUUUUGUCCGUUCCGCCUUACCGAAGAACCUCCAAGAGCAGAAGAUCGAGAUACAAACCAACAAGCCAGAUACAGAGGAGUAUAAUACCGCAAAAUAGAACUCCAGCCAGCACAGAUAGAUUACUGGUUAUAUACAUAUAUAUAUCUAUAUAUAUAUAUAUAUAUUAUAACUAUAUAAUUAUACAUGCAUAUAUAUAUAGAUGGUGAAAGACCGUGCUAACAAUUCGCUGCACCUGCAAUUGUCAACGUAGUAUCCAAGAAUAACUAUAAGGCUGUGUACCUGGAUGAUUAGCAAGCAUAUUUAACGGGCCUUCAGACAAAAAAACCAACAAAUCAAAUACAGCCAAAUAUACAAAUAUAAUAAUAACUACACAGCCAUACUCGAGCUAGCUAAGCAAGAAAUAAAUUAUACAUGGGCAUAUCAAUUGUCAGUUAAAAUUAAAA